GAGGAAGAAGAAUUGAAAGGAAGGAGAAAGGAGAGAAAGUCGGAAGAAGGGGGACUAAUCGUGGAGAGAGAGAGAACGUGGUGUUGAAUCGGUGAAAACGGAAACGCGAAUGGCCGAGAACGGUAGCAGGGUGUACCCGGUUACGGCGGUCCAUCUUGCGGGUGAGAUCGAUCCUGAAACAGCGGCACCGGGUAGUUGGUAAUGGGGGGUUUAGGCGAGAAUGCCUUUCCCCUGUCGUGGUCGUGGUCGUGGUCGUGGUCGUGGUCGUGGUCGUGGUCGCCGUUCCAUACCAAUUUUACUUCCCUCUCGACAACAGGUUCCCGUCGUGCGCGUCCGAUUCCCGUUUCUUCGCCGUACCUACUACGCCCGAGGUCCGAGGCAAGGACACCGCGCACCUUCCUCCCGUCUCUCGAUCGUCGAACCGGUCCUCCUCGAAUCAUCGGCUCCUCCUCCGUCUCUCCUCGCCGUCGCCGCCGUUGUCGCGGUGCUCGUCGGCCGAGUCGCGGCACGGGCAACGCCAGGAUCGGAAGCGAGCGUGGUGGCGGCAGUAGUGGUGGCGAGUGCGAUCGCCGCCACCGAUCCACCGGAAAAGGGAAGGUGGUGCUACUCGAGGCGGAAGCGGAUCGGGGACAGGAGAGGAGGAGGAGUAGCGGGGGAAGGAGGAGGAGGUGGUGGUGGGGGUGGAGGAGGUGACUCGCCGCCGAGAUGCACCAGGUGUCGGUGUACGGAGCAGGACUCGAUUCGAACGCAGAUCGAAACGAGAGAUUGUGGGAGAAGAUCGAGUACAGGGAUCGGCGUGCCUGUGAACGGCAAUCCUCUUCCACCUCGCCGGCUUACGUCGAUUCCCCGGAUCGAUCGCCAUGCCGAUCUUCUUCUCGCUCUUCGCUCCCCUCUACUCGCGUUUUAUUCAGAUACAGAGGAUCCCUCGUACCUUCCAACGUUUUCCUCAUAGGGUUGGCGCUCUGCUGUCUAACCUUCUCCCCCGUGCAACCCCGACAAAAUCAUCAUCAUCAAACUUGUCCAGGUUGUCCGCACCAGCAUCAACAACAACAACAACAACAACAACAACACCAGCACCAUCAACAACAACAACAACAACAUCAACAGCAUCAACAACAACAACAACACCAGCAACAGCAGCAACGGAAGAGAGAAGAAGAGGAACGACAAGAGCAAUAUAUUCGUCGGGAGACGCACGAGAGGGGGGGCGGUGGUUGGGAAAGAAAGGAGGAUACCGCCGCGCCCACCCCGGAUGACUUGAGAUUGGAGGCUAUCAAGCAUCAAAUCCUGACUAAACUCGGGCUGAGAACGCGGCCCGACGUGAAUAGAACUUUGGCCACCGUGCCGAGGCAUUUGGCUCUCGAGACGUUGUACAGGGCCGAGGCGCAAUUCUCCCGCUAUCCGUUGCCCGACAACACGAGAAACGAUCGUCGCGAGGACGUUUACUCGACCGAGUUUCUUUACGGCGGCAACGAGUAUUCGUAUUCGAGGAAUCUCGAUCAACGAGCGGACCACGAUUCUGCCAAGGAUAACGGGAGAAUCGCUUCGUCUUACCGGGGCUACGAGGGGGGAGAAGGCGAGGAUCGAGAACCGGAAGAAGAGAUAGACGACUUUUACGCGAGAACCUCGGAGAUCAUCACGUUCGCCGAACCUGGACGGACGCUGAAUGGACAACCGUUACUAGAAUUCCCAAUGUCCAGCGGAGAGCCCGCCUUGGAACCGCUCAGGAUCAAGAGAGCAACGCUUUGGACGAGAGUCGAAUUCAGGCACGGUCAUCAUUAUCAACGUAAUCGACAGAGUCAAACUAAUCAGAGAAAUAUUACUCUGUGGGUAUUCAGAGUACGUUGCGGCAAUACGACGCAUUUGCGUGGAAAGGAGCUUGGCCAAUACCUGGAAAUGGUCACGUCCCUUGGAGUGAACGUCGGACAAUUGGGCUGGCUGAAAUUCGACGUUACGAAAGUUGUGAACAGUUGGUACACCACGAAUCGGGACACCGCGAGGGAUAAAUUGACGUUGCUCGUCGAUUGUACCGGAUGUGGCUCCCACGUCUACGUAUCCACAUUUGACGGACACUCCCCGCGCGUGAUCGAAUCGCCAUCUUUAAACGCCAAAGGUACUCAAGAUCCGGAUAGACCUUUCCUCGUCGUACGUACGGAUCCAGCGGCUGUGAAACGGGUUAGAAGACGGGCGAUCGAAUGUAGCGGCGCUAUAAAGGGCCAGUGCUGUAAGCAAAGGUUCUACGUCAACUUUUCUCAACUUGGUUGGGACGAUUGGAUAAUCGCACCGCAAGGGUAUUACGCGAAUUACUGCAGAGGAGAUUGCGCGGCUGGCCACAGAACACCGGACACUUUCCUCAAUUACUACACCCACGUGAUCGAGGAAUACAGGAAGAUGGAUCGACUGGCCGGUAUGCAACCUUGUUGCGCUCCUCUCAAGUUUUCCCCGAUGUCGUUGAUCUACUACGGUCCUGAUUCCAACAUCAUCAAAAGAGAUUUACCCAAGAUGGUGGUCGACGAAUGUGGUUGUCCUUAAAAACGUCUAGAUCUCUUUUCCUUCCUUCCUUCCUUCCUUCCUUUCCUUCCUUCCUUUCUUUCUUUCUUCCUUCCUUCCGUCUUACUCCAUCCACACUCCUCUUGCCUUACGAAGGGUUCCACCCGUCAAUCAAAUCUUCUAUACCUUUAUAUAAUCGAUGAACGCGUUCCCCCGAAAAUCGUCUAUCCCCUCCCCCCCCAUCCAUGACCGCGUUCAUCGUUACCAUCGUCGUGGUAUAUCGUGAUAUAUAUAUACAUAGCGUUCUGUGCGUACUUAUUUUGUCUUGCCGGAACUCGACUAUUCCAACCGACUCGAUCUCGAUACUCGAUAAGAUAAGAAUCGUUUCGCGUUCUUAUUCCCGAUCGGUGGCAAAGCGGAACGAAUUAUCGGUUUUAGAUGAACGGCUAGACGAACCGACGAUCGUUCGCAUUCCCGAUCCCAAAAAAGAUAUUUAUCGAAGAGUAACGAGUAAAGGUAUCGAGAAAAAAGGGGGAAAAAAGAAAAAAAAGGUGAAAAGGAGCCGCGACUCGGCUCACCUUACCUUCGUCGACCUCCAUGUUUUCUAACUUAGUACUACUUGGCUUAGUUUCGUUAAGAUAAAUCGUUCGUGCCGUUUGAAAUCUAUAAAGUAUCCAAAAUCUCCAAAAGGGAAGAUAUUAUGAUAAUAAUAAAUAAAAAGAUAAAUGUGCGUAUGUGCGUGCUUGUUCGUUCGUUCGUUCGUUCGUUCG